CGACGUUUCACUUUUGAGAGUAGCCUGCCUCUCACAGCUUGCGGACGGCUUUCUUCCAACGCAUCUUCUUGCGUUUCGAUGCCUGCCUUUGUCUGACUCGAAAUCUGCAUUUUCGACUCGCGGAACUUUUGUCGAAGUCUCAGUUGAAAACGCCGCAUCUAGGCGGCUAGAACCGCUGCAAUAUAGCUGGCGAGCCUUGGUUCGUCGUCUCUUUCCAGCUUCUCCUUCACGGGUCUUUCUGUUGUCUCCGUACCUCCUCGCGUCUCGCCUUUCGUUGUUUCUGCGAUUUUCUUCGCCUGAUACGCAGCGCAGCUGCUUCUCCAGUUGCACCACGACAGUCUGUCGUCUUCCUCGCAUUCUCUGGCUGUUCACCCUACGCAAUAGAGGGGGGUCUUUGUUUUUCCUCCCCGUCCCGUUAUUUGCGUUGCGGCUGCAAAAGCUUUUCCGUCGCGGAAAGGCUCUCCUUUCCCGCCAACCUUCCCUCCUCGUUUCGGAUACGGGCCGCUGAACUGUCGCACCCUCCUCAAGUGAGGAAUUGAGACAUUCCCGCCAUUAGUUCCGAAGAAAAGCCUCACGUUCCUCUGUGGAACUCCGCCGUUCUGCCCUUCACUGACACGGUCUCUCUAGCGGUGGUGACGGUUCUUGCAUGGAGGUCUGAAUCUCACCUGCAUGUUCCGUCGCCAGUUUCGCUUUUUCCCCAUCUUACGAGAUGUUCGAAGACCGCACUGAGGUCAAUUCCUCCGGUCUACGCUCGUCCCCUCUUGCUGCGUUUUACUCUGUCCUGUUUGGCUAUCUUUCCUUCUUCGCUGCUGAACUAUCUCACCCGGUAAUGCACAUCUGAACCUUAAGCCGUCCAUUCGUGAGUCUCCUCUCUCACCACAUAUCUCAGCGAGGCUGUUUGCUGCUCCUGCGGAGAAGAAUCUGUUCACAGUGUUUUCGCGUCCUUGCAUAGGGGCGUCUCCCUGUGUCUUCUGUCUCGGUCGGAACUAGGGAUAGCCCAGCGCUCCAGUAAGAAGUACAAGGAGUGACGAGAAUCAUCGACUCUUACAUUCACGAGUCCCCUUUUUUACUGUGCUCUGUUCACACUGUAGAAGUCGAACCUGGUGAGCAGGGACCUUCAAGAUCUGAACCGGGAGUUCAACAUGGAGUAGACACUCCUUCGAGAAAAGCAGUUAUCGGAAAGGCAACUCGAAUUGUUUCGUUCAUAGAGUCACAGCGUUGUAGCGGUUCGUUCGAGGCGGUGUCGGAACAGGUUGGUUUCACCGCGUCAAGGACAGAACCGAUUAUCGCGUCGCUGGAAAGGAUUGAAAAAGAAAUCGCUUCUUCCUCCUCUUUCGACUUGCUGCCUCAGUGAAAGCGACGAGAACUCGCGCAGGGAAUCUUUUCAGGGCCUUCAGUCGUCUCCAUCUCCUCUGCAGGGUCUUCUCUCUUAUCUUUCAUUCUCCUCUGUUCACCGCGGCGGGUGUCGACAUCCGCCUCCUCUCAUCUCCAUUUUCUUCGACCCCAGCCAGUAGCGUGACUGUCGCGAAGAACUUCCUCCUGCCAUUUUCGCGCUUGGUCUCUGUGGCGCGCCUUCAAGUUCCGCCUCUCCCCGUAUUGUCCUCUGCUCUUGAAAUGUACUUUCGCCUCGCUUCCUAAACUCACCGGUCUUGGCUGCUGUCGCGCGCGCCUGACAGCAUGAGGCCUCCCGGGUCGGGCUGUCUCUCAUCCUCGCCGGUCGCCUCUUCCGCGUCGCCAGGAUCCCAUCCGUCCAGCAGAGGUUCUCCUGCUUUUCAGCUGGGUGUAUCGCGUUCCUCUUCUUCGUCUCUUUCCUGUCCUCCGGUCUCUCCGUCUGCUGAUCAGCUUCGAGCGCAAGUCGCGGCUCUCGCGAAGGCUCUUCACGAGGACCGGCGUCGCCGAGCUGCUGCCGGACAGUCCCCGCGGGCCUCUCCUCGCCCCUGCGUUUCCUUCCCCGUCUUCUACCGAGUUUCGCAGUCUCCUCUCAGUCCACCAUCCUCUUCUGCCUCGUCUCCUCCGGCUCGCACUGUCAGCCGAGACACGGCUCAAGCGCGCGGUUCUUCCGCGUCGAUCUCUGCCUCGGCGACUCGAGGCGGAGCCGAGGGCCGCGAAACCCCACAGACUCAACCGAGGUCCUCGCCCCGCUCGCCGCCGGGCCGCAGUGUCUCCUCGGGGCCCGCGGGCGGCGGUUCCAGCGGGGCUCUGGAGCCCAAGACGCCCGUGGAGCCCAACGUGGAGCUGCUCUCGGCGCGGUCCGGCGAGUCGGAGAGGCUUCGAGUCUUGAAGGAGCAGGUCGCCCACAUGCAGUUGCUGGUGGCGAAGAAGAAGGAGCAGGAAAAACGUGCGAAAGAGAGGUGGGAAACCCGGAAGAGACAAAGGGCUCUUUGGAGACAGAACAUCCCGUGGAACAGACUCGUCAACACUCCGGUUGAGCCGGCUUCAGGCCGAGACGAGGAAUACUCAGCGGCCAGACAGGUUGUGUCUGAACCACACCUUCCAACGAGUUUCCAAAAAAAGCGAAUCCCCUUUGCGGACUGGGCUGCAGCGAAAGCAAGCGCAAUCCGGAAAGAGUACGGUUUUCGUUCUGUGGCGGAUGGAGACAGCUUAGACGCCGAUGGAUCUCUCCUUUCGGGGGAGACAGCAGAUUCGCGUUCCGCUUUGCCGGAGCGCCGGGCGCCCUGGACAACGGCUGCAGACAGCGGCUGUCCUGUGCUGGACUCCGGCAACUCUAUCGCUCCGAAAUUCCGUAACAGAUCGCUCACGUUCUGCAAGUUCUACAAUCGUUUUGGCUAUUGCAGAAAUGGAGAGGCAUGUCGAUUUUACCACGACAGAAUUCGCGAGGCGCAUGUCGCAGAACCUGAGCAUGUUGUUGAAGAGUCGUCCGCUGUGUGUCCGCUUUACCUCAAAGGUCUUUGCGAGUCGACCGACUGUCCAUUAGCUCACGAGGCUCCCGUCACGCCAAUUUGUGCUCGUUUUCUCCAGGGCCUUUGCAUCCAAGACGCGUGCGUGUAUCGCCACGAAUUUGGAGCCCCACAAACUGCUGUCGCGGUCGUGGAAGGAGACGCGGUAGUCGAUCCGGACGAGGAUGCACUUUCCGAGUUCGUCGGCUCGAGUAGUUGAGAAUGCGACCAGCGCGAGCCUGCAGACAGGUGGAAAAGUAGGGGCGAAGAGUCUUUUCUUUUCUCGGCGAAGUCUCGGGGCGUCCCCCGACUCAGAGACACGAGGGAUGCGGCUGUGUUCGACCUCGCCGCUGGACGCGGCAUUCAGCAGUGGAUGGGAAAGCGUCUCAAGUCGUAGAGAGGCCGUACGGUCGAUUCACUUCUCCGUGGGUGCGUGAGGUGAGACGUUCCAGCUGGAUUCGCCGCAGAGGGCAAGGGUAUGAAGCGAAGGCUCGUGUCUGAGAGUCGAGCCUAGGAUUCCGGACUGUUGAGGCAUUUCGGUCUCACCAAACAGAUUCUCUCGAUAGGUUUCUGGUUUUGUAUGGCAGUCGUCCAAGCGGCAACGCCCGAGCCCUCUUCGGCGGCGAUCUGUGUGUCCAAGGGUCCUAUCGCUCUUUGAGAGUCCGUUGUGUAAGCUCAUCACGUCGGGACUGGCGGCGCACAAGGAGGCACGCAGGCAUGCGUUUUUGCAAUGAGUAGAUUGCUCUUCCUACAGGUACUAAGAUCUUCACUCGGCCUUGUGACUUUUUCUCGGAUAUCCACGUCAACUCACUCGCGACCAUGCGGCCUCGCAGAAACUGAGCAGGGACGCGCAUGCGUCGGCUGGCGGCCACAGUGCGCGUUUUCUUUGUUCCGCAGGGGCUUCGCACGAGGCCGCCAGCCUGUAGGAACCGCAGCGUGUGACUUUGGCCGUUCUCUGUUGCCCUCUGUCGGUGAUUUCAACGUCAAACGCAGCGGCUCGGUCUCAAGGUGGUCGACAGACCACGGAGCAAAGAGCGUCGAAGAGACGUCGAUAAACGCAACGCGUCAGGUCGUCAGAAAACGGUGGUUGUCGCCUGUGAAGAAAAACAAGAGUGCACAACUUGACACUUUUUCGAGGGACCGCCGGUGAGUCUGAGCGGCGGGGGAGAAACCUGUAGGAGUGAUCUUUGGCAGGUCGUGGUCGCUUUCGCUGGUGGCAACGAGAUGACGACAGCGAGGCGGUGAAGAGAUUCAGUUGCAAAUCGGUCGGCACAGGUUUGUAGGCUGAGGUUGACGCUGUGAGUCUUGCUAUGCGCCUCACACUCCUGGACUCGCGUCCGGUACAUCGUUCCCACCAGCCACGCAUGCGUCAUUUGCAGCUUUUUGCUGUCGAAACGACUCGGAAAAACCACCGAAAAACCCAAGUGGCGGUGCCUGCCUUACUGGAGGAGCGCAGAAGCCUGUGAGGUUCCAGUCUUUUAGGUAAAUCCCGACGUUGGGGUAAGGAAAACCGUUUUGGCGUAACUCCUCUAGAGACACUGAGAGAGAAAUGACGCGGCGCUUUGAGCUUCCGGACACCUGAGCUCAGAGGCGGCAAACACUUUCGUCUUGACAGAACAGAUGUAGAAGGAACAGACGCUUCGCUGUCCGGGGGCGGAGUGCAGGGAGGGCGACAUACUGUAGGGGAGGGAGGAAUGUGGAGAAUAGAAGCAGACCGACGGCGCGCUUCCUUGUGGUGAAGAUCUUGAGGCGUGAGGUACACGAGUUUUUUCAGUAAAGGCAGUCUACGAGGACGGACGUACCGAAUGAGAAAAGUUCGCUUGUGUUUGCAAGGAAGGGAAGGAGAAUGCUGGUUGAGAACCACACGGAUAUCCGCGAGGAGCGAAAAACUGAGGGGCGCGGGUCCAGAGCACGUCCGACGAAUUCCAGCUAACUGCUCCUUCGUCAAUUCUUUGUCCCACUGCAGCGAUUAGAAACUGCCGCAGCCUCAUCGCGAAUGGAUCUACCGCCAUGCAUGUUCUGUGCUGCGGGUGCAUGAUGGGGUGAGGCAUAUCGUGCGGGUCCUCGUACGUGCAUGCAGUGGAAAAGAUUUCUUGGGACAUACGAGGAAAACAUGAAAAAAAAACCUGGCCUUCGCGUUCCUUGGCCUGCCCUCUGCUUUCGAAGGUUAACGUGAAC